AUGCCACGAAGAAUCCAAGAUAGCAGUUCUCCCGACAUCAGCAACAAUGACGACAAGUAUGAGUCUCUCUGUGUGAUUGGUUUGCCUCCUUCUCUGGUGGAUCUUCCCACACAAGAUGACGAUUCCACGCAGCAACCAUCCGAAGCUACCAGCAAUGUGCACAGCUACAGCCAUCGUCACAGCCAAACGCUUCCUUCGAGCAAUAGCAAGGGCAGCAAUAAGAGCACAAGCAACCGCACAAGCAACACUGCUUCGACAAGCAACAGAAGUCCGGAUAGUAGGGAUUUGGAAUCUGGACAUGAAGAAUACUCUUUCCACUUUGGAGCAACUAUGAUUGAUCAAGGCAAGAGUGGACGCGAUCCCACUGUCCGACUCUUAAUGUUCGGAGCUGCUUGUAUCGUCUUGGUUUUAGUGGUGGUUGCCGUUGCCUUGCAACCAUGGAACGCUUUCACUGCAACGUCUGACGACCCGGCUCCGAUAUCUUCAUUUGUGGACACUGCAACUGUGCUGGAGGAAUUCACAACUGUCUCGCCAACUACAAUUGCCCUUCCAUCAUCAACGAUUGCGGAUGAGAGCGACAACGUUGACAUGGCGCCCCUUCUUUUGGAACCAGAAGAGUUGCCCGAGAAACAAUCCAAUCCAUGA